AUGGACCGGGCCAAGGCCAUCUCCCAGCUGGGCAAAAGCCAGCAGUGGCAGCAAGCCUUGGAGCUCCUACAGGGCGACGAGCACUGCGACCUGGUCACCUUCAAUGCAGCCAUCAGCGCCUGUGCCAAGGCAAAGCAGUGGCAGCAGGCCGAAGUGGUGUUCCAGGCGGCAAAGGCGGCGGAACUGGUCCCGGACAUUGUCUCGUGGAAUAGCCUUCUGAAUGCCUACGCCUCGGGUGGCCAGUGGCCGCUGGCACUGUCUCUCCUGGCCCACCUGGCACGCACGGACACGGCGGCAACGCCACGGCCUGACCUGCUGAGUUACAACAGCGUGCUGCACGGCUGCGCGCGCUGUGGACGCUGGCAGCAGUGCCUGCAGCUCUUCGAAGCCGUGAGGGCACAGAAGUUGCUGCCCUCCGCGUGGCGCCACAUGUUGGAGCCAUGGGGGGGCCACCUAAUGUGGUACCCUAAACUGGAAAACCUAUGGCACACUUGCAGCGGACUGCUGCAGGGCAUGGCAAGGGCAAGUUGCUGGCAACGAGCCGUUGAGACCUUGAGGGAACUGCUGCAAAGAGGCGAACCCAUGACCGCUGCCGGUUUCACAGCUGUCAUCAGCGCCUGCGGAGGGCACUGGCGCCCUGCUCUGCAUCUGCUGGACGCGGCAAGGGCUGCUGGCGUGGCGGAUGGUCGGGCCGUGGCAGCCACCAUCGCGGCAUGCGAGAAAGGGCUCCAAUGGCAACGUGCCAUCACCUUGCUGCAACUUCCCGGCGCGCCGGGAACGGUGCCCGAAGCCUUUGCUGCGGCCUGCAGUGCCUGUGAGAAGUGCAGCCAGUGGUCCCGGGCCUUGACCGUGCUGCAGCAGACGACGCCCAACGUGGUGAUCUGUACUGCUUGUAUCGCGGCCUGCGCGAAAGCCGGGCAGCUGCAGAUCUGUUGGAACUUGUUGGAUUCCAUGGAGGACAACGCCAUCAGUCCAGACGCAAAAGCCUUUGGCGCGGUGGCUGGUACGUUGGCCCGCAUGGACGACUGGCGUGUUUUGCCGCGCAUCCUUCGUCGCUUGCGUUCUGCGCAGCUGUCGCCCGAUGCCGCGCUGCUGGGCGACGCGCUGCAACGGCUGCCGCCAGGGGCUGUGGAGGCGGUGGAGCGAUGGCCCUGGUGGAAGCUGAGGCAUCAGGCGUAUGGCUUGCUGUGGCACUUGGAGCGGACGCGCCGCAGCGAGGCAGUGAUGUGGCGACAAGAGGAGGUGAAGAAGGAGCUGUCCAUGGCCUCUUUGGCGGUGGAUGCCCUGCAGUGCUGGAGCGACGAAGCCGAUGCGGAGGUCACUGCAGCCUUCGGCCGUCUCCUUGGCACCUGGGCCAAAAGGCAGCUGCUCGGUGCGAGCGCAGCGGGCAGCGCGGUGCCGGUGGAGUGGAUGCCCAACCUGGGGUGCAGCUGCACUGGCAGGGUACUUCAGGAGUUGCAUCUCUCCCCCCGUGCCGUUGCUUCCCCCUGGCUCUGUCGCGCGCGGCGCGGCACGCGCGACUGGUGGCCGCGCGGGGACUGGCAGAGCGCCCAGCCGUCGGCCAAGCUGAUCGUGGCGUGGGUGGAAGGGACGCUGCAGGGGGAGGUGCUCCACUGCCACGGCCACGGCCAGCUUCGCUCGCGACGCCUGCAGCCGCUGCGCGGGGAGCAUGACCGCAGCGGGCACGCGGAGAGGCAGGCGUUGAUCUCUCUCCUCUGGCGGGUGGCUCCCGAGCCAAAGCGAAGUCGCGGUCCUGCCAAUGGGGGAAGAAAAGUGCGUCACUCGUGCGGCUUGUGCGCAAGGAUCAUCGUUGCCAGGGGAACCUAA